CACCCGCGCCCUCCCCGCGACCUCGCACGCGCACCGCCUGCCACUCACCUAUAUGCUGCAAUAGGCCGCAUAGUCCACCCAAAAUGAAGCGAGUCCGCGAACUCACCCGUGACGACAGCGACGCGAGCCUCUUUCCCUGCAAACGCCUCCGCCAGCUCCAGUCCGCCCUCGGCCACCGGUACGAGAAGCGGUUCGUCCCUUCGUAUCCCUUCGACGCCGCCCUCGACAGCGACCCCGAUGCCGCCGACCUCGCCCAUCCCGACACUGCGCAUUCGAGCCCCGCAGGCACGACGGCCAACCUCAGCUGGACGACUGACGUGGCAGGCGAGAGCGCAGAGGGCUCCAGUCUAUCGCAGGUCCCGUGCGCGCGCACCGUCACCAGCCGCCUGCUCCCCGCCCGCUGGGAGGACUCGGACGCGGAGAGCGACCUCGACUCCGAGCCGGACCCCACACCCGACGCCGACAUGGACCUUGCGUCGUCCCCGUCUGCCUCGCCGCCGCCCACGCACGUCGGCCGCUUUGGCUUUGGCUUCCAGCACCGCGAGCGCGUCGCGCGGAAAAGCGGGGUGGCCGCGGGUGUGGGCACGGUCAGCUGCGCGCACCCCGUGCUGUGCUGCGCCAUGUGCGGCAUGAGGGUCCUCAGGGCGAUGUGCGAGGUCGGCAUACAGGUGGAGGCGAUUCACUACGAGUACCGUGCAUGGACUGUCUACGCUGCCCAUCUCUCCCUGCCCGUCUCCUCCGCCGGCCGUGAUCCCGCCCGCAACAGACGACGACGUCGACAUGGACCUCGACGAAGACGACCUGAUGGACCUGGCCGCAGAGCCCGUCCGCCCGGCCCCACCCGGUCCUCCCACUCCCACUCACACUCCCACAACCGCAGCCCCCUCCUCCUCCCCAGUCGCAAAAGCACAACCACCAGUGAGACAGAAGUCGCCGCCGACGGGCCCGCGGUUCAUGCCGGGCCCGCCAUUCGCGUCCGCGCCAGAGCGGCACCCCGCGCCGCCUCCCCCGUCGCUCGACACGAUGCUGGGCAGGCCGGUGCCCAAGGGCCCGAGGGCGUUGGCGGCGCUGCACACCGUGUCCGUGCAGCAGCGCCCCAAGACGCCGACGCCUGAGGCAUCCUCGGAGUCGCGGUCUCCCUCGCAGAAAAGCGACGCGUCGCAGUCGCCUCCGCACACCUCGCACGCUCCCGCUCCUGCGCGCGUGCCCGCCCCGACGUCGUGCGCGCCAGGUGCUCGCGUCAUCCCUCCGCGCCCCGCUCAAGCGCACUCGCCAGUGUCUCUGACGACGGUACGUCCCGCAGAUCCGUCGUCCGGGGCCGCCUCGGCGAUGCCUCCCCAGCCUCGCAGCGAGCCCCCGCCGAUCCCGCCUCCCAGCCGUGCGCAGCCAGAGCCAGCCAACGUGAAGGCACACCCGCC